AUGAACGUGCUUGGCAGAUUGGCGCUGACUGCGGCCGUUGCGCUGGCGCUUGAUGCGGGCGACGGCGCCAAGGGCGUCGAGUUCAACCCGCACAAGAUCCCGUUCUUGCCCAACUACAACGACCCGCGCCCGAUCGACUUUGAUCAGUACGCCGGUCAUUUGCCAUUGCCGUCGAACGGCCAAAAGAUGUUUUACUGGCUCGUCGACCAGCCGCUGCUCAAUGCGUCCGAGUACGACGACACGCGCACGGCUGCGCGCGCCUACGAGUUUCUCGUCGAGUUUUUCACCAAGUACUCGGCGUACUAUGGACGCGACUUUUACAUCAUGGGCGAGAGCUACGCCGGUCGGUACAUUCCGUUCUUAUUGCAUCAGCUCGUGACGACGCCGAUUCCGCUCGUGCACCUCAAGGGGUUUGCGAUCGGGAACCCUGCGACCGACGACAAGAUUGACGGCAACGCCUACAUGGACUACUACUACACACACGCCAUGAUCUCGCGCGAAAACUACCUCUCGAUGGUCGCCAACUGCGCCGGCGAGCAGCUCAAGAAAUGCAUGCGGUCGGUGGCCACCUGCUCGCCGCAGUGUGAAGCCGCACUUCGUGUCGGGAUCAUGUCGGCCAACAAGCAGCAGUUCAACCCGUACAACAUUUAUGGCGACGUGUGUCUCCUCCCAAACAGCCAAGGCGACGCUCUUCACUACCGCCCUGUCGAGCUCCCGCGCGGCGACAUUGGGCCGUGCCAGGACAAGUUCACCCAAAGCUACCUCCAGCUGCACUCUGUCCAGGAAAUACUACACGUCACGGGCAGCCACGUCGCGUGGGCCGACUGCAACCAUAAUGUGACACGGCUCUAUACACGGAGCAUCUCGGCGCUGCCGCUGUACCCGACGAUUCUCUCGGCUGGGCUCAAGGCGCUCAUCUACAGCGGCGACGCCGACUCGGUGGUCAACUUUAUGGGCACCGAGCGCUGGAUCGCCGACGAAGGCUUGAACUUGAGCGUCGUGGCACCGUGGGCGGCGUGGAUCGGCCCCGACAAGCAACUCGCGGGCUACACGCAGCAGUACGAGAACUUGACGUUCACGACGGUGAAAGGCGCGGGUCACAUGGUCGCUGCCGUCCGCCCGCUGCACGCACUCUACCUCUUCGAGUGCUUUGUGUUUGGCAAGGAGGCGUGCGACGGCUUCUUGUACCCGACAGACCGCCAAGAGUACCUCAGCGGCGAGCACAAUGGUAUGCCGCUCAUUCGCCUCUCGACAAUGACUCGGGCGUCGGCGAUCUUUGCGACAAAGGAUGGCAGCAUCGGUAUCGCCCACGUCGCUGCGAUGGCCAGCCUCGGCCUUGUCGUCACCGCCAUCGUGCUGCGCAUGUAUAUCCUCCGCCACCGCCGGUACCGAUACCAAAAGCUGUAAGCACCCAAACACUGUACUGGUUG